AAUGCGCCGUCACGUCAGUAUUCCGCGAACCAUCGACGAGUGUAGUUCGUGUCUUUGUUCGUUCCAAUUUUCUUGUCAUCAGUGACUAUAUAUUCGUGUUCGUAAUUUGACAACCGAGAACAUCGUGAAUCAUUAAAUUUAUUCUUUGUUUUAUCAAUAACACUAAUAAUUUGUAUGAUUCGUCGUCCAUGAACUUUUCGUCCGUAACCUUUUCGUCGUUCAUUCGUUGAAAGAUGAUGCAUGGUCGGUAAUGUCGCUGAUUAAGAAGUACUGACUACCAUUCGAGUAAACGUUGAUAAUAAAUGAUAGCAGGCAAAUUUCGCGAGGCGUUAUUCGAGAAAUGUGAGCGUUGACAAGACGAAUUUACGCGCGAUCAACGAUUUUGCGCCGCGGAGCGCGAACUACGACCUCGUUGGUCAACUCGAGACGAGUAAAACGAGACGGCGUGGCGUCUGUAUCAGCAAACAACGUAGCUGCGUCUCGCGUUCGGAUUGAAACGCGAGUGAGUGGUUGUUGGAGAGUGAUAAGAGAGGCGGGAUGAGUGCAAGAGAAGUCACCCUUGUUGGAGGCUCUCCGUGGGGAUUUCGUAUGCAUGGUGGACAUGACCUGCAUCAACCCCUCCGUAUCUCUAGGGUUAAUCCAGGCAGCAAAGCGGCUCAACAGGGGGUGAGAGAGGGUGAUUUGAUUAGUAGCAUAAAUGGAAGAACUACCCGUGAUUUAACGAACAGCGAAGCACAUGCACUCUUACGAAACGCUGGAGAACACUUGAAACUCGGUUUAAAUCAGGAAAAUAUUGGCUCUCCAAAACGACGAAUUUAUAGAAGUAGUUUGCAAGAAAAUACUACUAGUGAAAUUCUCAGCAAAACAACGACAACGAAAACCACGACUACAUCGAAUACUCAGAUUAUAACGACCGAUACAAAGAAGAACGAAACAAAUGAUACAAAAUCCGACCAAAGCUACGCCAAUCAGAACGGUGAACCGAAGAGUUCCUUGAUCCACCAACGAAACCAAACCGAGAAAAGAGUUUGCAAAUUCUUCGAGUACGCUACCGACAAGGAAGAGAUUAACAUGCCGCACAGUGCGCGAAACCGCAGAAAUCGCAAAGGUCGCAACAACAGAAGAGCCUGCCAAAGGCAGCAAACUCUGGAUAAAGCUACGAAAGAUAGCAACGCGACGGUAGAAAUUCCAAAGAGCAUCGAACACGAACACGAAGAGAACCUUCGCGAAGCUAAGACGAGGACGAACGACUCCGACUCGGAGAAUACCGUACGCAGUGGCGAGAUUCAACGGAAGAACGGGGAAGAGGAUAAUGUGAACGCGAGGAAGAACUCGGAUAACGAAAUCAGCCGAAGGGCAGUUACAUCGAAGUGUCGUAGAUACGCGAAAGAGGAGAAGUGUCGAAUCGAGAUAGGAAGAGUGCAGCCUGGCAUCAAAGUAAUGAAGAUCACAACGAUCAGUAGUUCGCCUCUGGAGGCGAAAAUCGAUCACAUCGCUGGUGUCGGUAUCGUAGAGACUGGCAGUGUCGAUAAGAUGCCGGAUAACGGGGCUAUCGUCACAAUUUCCGAACCUGUGGACCCUUUCUCUUCGCCCGCGACGAAAGUGGACAGGAAGAACGAAAGUGGACAACAGAAGAUGUUGACUGGCAACAAGCUGCAGAUUCGCGAUGUCAGCGACUGCGACACGCUGGAGACCGACAACGUUAAACCGGUUAUCGUUGAAAUGGAAUCGGACGUGGAAAGGGAGCCAACGGAGCUAGGUACGCGGUUGCAGGCGGACUUCGACGACCCUGACGCGUCGAAGCAAGACCUCGCGGAGCCGAGGCGCGUCUGGGACAGCGUGAUGCCGCACGACGUGGAGAGGAAACUGAGGAGCUUCAUCGAGAGUCUAAAAUUGCCGACUUACGCGGACGACGUCGUGGAAGUAGCGAAGCCGACGGACCACGAGCGGAUCAGUGGCUCGACGCAUAAGAAGGCGAGGAAACGCGCCACCUUCGAAGCGCAACACGCCCACUUGCAGGCGGCUAACAGAUUCUUGGACAUCAUUCAAGAGGAGGGCGAGAAACUGUCCGAAGACGAAGAGCAGCACAUAAGAGAUUUUAUUAACGAGGAGAUUGGCAAAUACCGGAGGAAAGAACGCUGCUCGCAACGGAAAGAGGAAUUGACGCAAGAAAUAAGAGAGCAGCUCAGUGUGAAGAUCAAUGUGACCGAAGAGAUCAACGUGGACGAAGAGAUGUCCGGGAGAAAGGAAGAUGAUGAUACAGGAAGAACUGUAAAGUUGGAUAGAAUGGAAACGGAGCUUGACACCAGAGGAACGAGGAAGCCGAUGAUGACGAAGAUCGACGAGGAUGAUGAAUCGCAGAAGGAUCUGAAGGAGGAGAAUUUAAAGCCGAGAGAAGGCAACGCCAUGGAAGCGUUAGGGGGGCAAAAUGUCAACGUUGAAGACGAGUCUGCAGGAAGUGAGUCGUUCAAAAUAGAGGAGCUGGAGCAAAGUAUGGAAGAAGACGAAGAAACAUCAGGGGAAAAGGGGGAUACUAAUGUGAAGGUCGAGGAAGUGGUAAGCGAACCAUUGAGCGAUGACAGUACGAGCCAAAGUGAUUGUAAGUUGAAUGUUGAAGACGAAACUAGUGGCCAAAUUUUAUUCUAUGGUGCAAACGACGAAGUUAGAGUUUCGAAUGGUAAGCAAUUGAACGGGAAAUGUGAAGCAUCGACUGGUGAUGUUGGAGUAAAGGAAGCGGAGAAAGUGUCAUUCGUUGAAGAAAAUACGUCGACGGAAGAGACGCCAGAAAAGCAGUGGGAAGUUUCUGAUGAUUCAAGUAUCGGUGCACGUUGUGCGACAGCACAGGUUGAGGAAAACAAAAAUGAAAAAUUGGGAGUGGCUAAAAAUCGAGGUACUCGUUGGGAAAGUGAGGCAUCGAUCGAACAGCCUGUUGGAGAAGGAAAAUUGGACUUGGAAAAUAAUGUGCAAAAUUCUGAAGCAAAUGCAUGGUCGGAGGAAACUGAAGAGUCGAAAUCAAUUGGCGAGGAUAAUGGUUCCAAAAGCGAAGUGCUGUGUGAGGAAUUGGUAAAGGAGAAGGAACAGUGUAUGAAAGACGACAUUGUGAAAGAUUCCGAAGUAAAUACGUUGGCUGACAGUGAAACUACUGAAAAUGGAAGAAGGAAGAAUGGAGAAAGCGAGAUAAAGUCCGCAAAAGUCGAUGAAGAAUCAGCAGAAUCUGAAACAAAACAUAGAGAAAAUGAGGCAAAGUCUGUAGGAAUAAAUAAAGAAUCAUCAGAAUCGAAAUUUUGGCAAGGUGGAAGACGUACCAAUCCAGAAAACAUUAACAUUUCCGAAUCAAGCACAACGAGAAACGAUGAAUUAUCAAAAGAACAGUCCUGUUGCAUAGACAGGAAAUGGUCAGAAAUUCAGGCUCUAGGGGACCUUAUGUCGGUGACAGAGACAAAAGGUCGUAGCCUAAUACCACCAAAGAGAUCCUCUAGCCUGCCAGACAUCGAUUUCCAAGAGAAAACAACGUAUUGCGGUGUUUACGACCGCAAUCCCCCAGCCCCUCCGCUUCGUCGAAAGAGGGAAGCGAAGGAGCUCGUAGACGUUGACGAUCCUCCCAGUCGUCCACCUCUUCCGAAGGAAAACCUCGGUAUAUUGGAUGCAUCUUUCGGACGACCGUUGGAAACACAUUCCUCGGAGGCACCAACGAUGUGUAAGAAUAUUGGCAGCCUGAGAGCUUUAUUGAUAAUAAUAUCCCGCAGUGACGCGUCCGUCAGAAAUAUUCGCGACGCUUUAAGCAGCGUGGAUUCGUUGGCUCUGCCUGAGAACGUACGCAAGGUAAUCGAUGAUCUAAGAGGAAGCGGGAGGAGGGCUUGUCUCGGGAGCGACAUUACCGAAUUGCACAAUUGCCUUGAGAACGGCGCCGAGCUUGGCAAUGGUGCAACUCCUGAAAUAACGCAUGACUGCUUGAAUCGUAGCGUACGCGAAAAAUCGCCGGCGAGAUCCGACGCGCAAGACCCGGUCGAACGAAUAGUGAAAAUGGUGGUAGAAUCGUCUAAGGACGAUCGGGCGACAGUUGCCGAUGAAUCCAAUCAGAAGCAAUCCGAGAGCAAGGUCGGAACAUCAACGAAUGAAGGUCAGGGGAAGAAAACUGAAUGGGAACAGUCAUCGCGUCAUCGUGUUAACGAGGAGGUUAUCAAGAGUGAAAUGUCGAGCAUGAAGAAGGUCGUAACGCAAAGGAACAUAUCGACUGUGCGUGACUUCAGGUCGCGUGAUAAUAAAGUUGAAGAUUCGAAGGACACCAGGGAGCUAACUACCAGCGAGGAAGAGUUUGAAGAAAUAUACAAAUACUCCACUUCGAAGGACAAUGUCGAAGAGCAGUCUCACGUUCGUAAAAUUAGCAAGCACUAUGACCAGGAUCGGAAGGAGCGCGAAGAAUUCGAUAGCCCAUCGGAGAUGCUAGACUCCAUUGCAAAAAUCCAGCCCGAGCAUUUCACGGAUAAAGAUAAGUUGGAGACGGUGGAUUAUCAAGGGCACGACUCGUCUAGCAGUGCAACUACUUUGAGUACGGUGAAGUAUAACCCGGCAGACGCCUGGCAAGCUGACAUUUGUUCGAUAAUAGUGGAGGAAGCGAGGAAGAGCAAGCUUAAGCGAGAGGCAGAGGAGAAGGUAGAGUCGUCCAGCUUGAAAAAUAAACUUCCUUUGCUGAAGAGCGACGAGUCGUUUUACAACGCAACGAACUGUCACGAAGUUCCAGUGACACCUGAACCUAUACCCUAUUCGCCUGUGGAAGAUCUGUGUUACGCAGCCAUUGACAGUGAUGAGAAUUGUGGGAAAAGUCAGCCGCAGAAAGACGGGACUACCAAUAGACCAGAGUCUUUAAAAGACCUUAGCAUUAAGAAAAUCUUGUCGAUGCCGUACGGUUGCCACGUGAUCAACGAGAUCACGAUGCCUAAAUUUAACAUCUUUAAAAGUCUACGAUCUAUCCCGAAGUUUACUAAUAACAAAGAACUGGUCGAUUCGAAUCUCGGUGACGAGUUACCCAAGUCGCGGCAAACGACCAUGGCCAGAGAUAGUUUGGGAGCGUGGGUAGGUUUAUCGACGACCAAAGAUCCCAGGUUGCUCGUCUGCUUAUCACCGUCUCAGCAGAAAACCGCGAUAAGAACGAGCGCGGACAACUUGCUGGAUCUGCACAGAAAGUUCCUAAACAGGCACAGCUACUUCGACGAGGAGCCGCCUCCGCGAAUCCCUGUUCCUAAAUAUCGAGUCGAGCUGCUACCGAUCGACCAAAGUAACAAAGAAAGCGUCAAACGGGAGGUAAAAGUCGAAUUCUCGAAACCGACUGACUACGAUGAAAGAUUAACUACCAACAGGCUGCUAGACAUUAUCAAAGAAAAUUCUGACAAUUCUAAACAUCCACGUGGCACGAGACCAAAGUCGAGGAACGAGUCAAAGGUAAAGUUUGACGAGUCGGGGCAGUCCGAUACAAAGUCCUCUUAUACAAAGUCCAGUACUCCUGACAACGGUCAGCAGCGUCUCAAAGUCACUCGCCUGUGCGACUGGUUGAACUUAGCAAGACGCGAGCCCGUCAGUAAUGCGCGGCACGCCACGUCGCUCUCCGAUGAUUUAUUAAUAGAAUCGUCGGCUGAGGGAAAAGAGCGCGAUAAGAGUCGGAAAGAGGUUGGGAAAGAGUCAGUGUCAGAUAGAAUCAAGGAGCACGUUUCUGGUAAACGAUCGGCGCCAGGUCAUUUCAUCAACUCCGCUUUGAUGGUGAACUCGCUGGAAAAGCCGGAGCCGCCCGUCAGAAGUCCGACGCCUUUCAGCAAGAGUCCCAUUACACUGAACAGCGCCAUCAUCGACAAAUCGAUGCCAGACACCGCGGACAGGAGGACACCGCCUCGACGGACCAUCGACCCGCGUUACAACGUGAACUCAGCGUUGAUCGACAACAAAGUGGAGGUGCCAGCGCGUCUGAAACGCGUGAUCAACGUGGACAAGUCGUGCAUCGACACGACGAGUAUUUUCGAUCAAAGUCCGCCUAGAAGUCACCUGGAGCCACGGCGAUACAAGAGCGAGGAGGAAGAAAAUGCGAAACAGGUAGCAGCUACGGAAAUCGUGCAAAAUCUGAAGAAGCUUCAAACCGAGGCGGAAACUCGAUUGGAAGGUCGUCGAAAGUAUUCCCUGCCCCAAGAGUAUUUCGCGCAGCAGUUGAAAUACAUAGAGCUGCUGGAGAAUCAGCUGAAAAACGUGAUAUUAGCCGAGGAGGAGGAGAAGGAAGCCUUUGAGACAUUCCAAAGACACGCGAGGCAACGGCCGCAGGAGAAAGGCGUAACGAAGGAUGUACCAAAGAGACUCCCAUCUUCAGACAAGUCUUCCGAUCGAGUAAACAGCCCUGAGAUUAAAGAGAAAGCCUGCCAGGACACUUCCAACGACGAGUCUUGGGUAGAGAGCCAAAGCUGGCAAGAGAAGUCCGAGGAAGUGAAGGAGGAUUAUUCGGAGACGAUUAGUAAACAUGGGCACAAGGAUUUUUCGAAGAAGGUGCAUCACGAGAACGGUUUCCACGAGGAGGAGUGUGAAAAGCGAAUCGAGCACGUGGAACAUCAUUCCGUGAUGACCAAGAAGGGUGACAGAGUUGCUGAAAAGAUGAAAGCGGAUCGAGCUGAGCGAGCUUGUAAAAAAGCACCUACGGGGGAAGAAACGACGAAGGACGAGCGUGGUUUUGGCAAGGAAAAUACGUCGCCUGAGAUGGCUAACUCACGGAGAACCGUGAAAAUCGAAAAACCAAGCGUGCCCAUGGCCGUGGAAAACAGCGAAACGUUUCGACAGAGAAUGUACGACGAGUAUGUGCACAAGGUCCUCGAGCGAGAGGAACGGAAACAUCACAAAGUGGUGAAGAUCAGCACUCACGAGGAUAUUCAGAAAUUGAAGAAUAAUUUGCAAAAGAGUGGCAUGAGCACCGUUGAGAAAGAGUUUAUAGAGAAAGCGAGGAACAGGUUAAAUAAAUUCGGGAUUAAUUUGGACGGAAGCGAAUCUGAAAGCGACAAAAGCGGUGGCAAAGGGAAACGUGAGAAAAAGACGAAUGGGAGGAAGGAAGAAUGCAACGAGGAGGAGAAUAUCGUGAAGGUGAAAUGUUUGAUCGACGGGAAGGAGUUCGAAGACGCGAAAAAGUUACCGAAGCAUCUGCAAGAAUUCCUUGCAAUGUCUGCUACGUUCGACGAUGUCGGAUAUGGUUAUGAUUUUGACACAAGGCAGUGUGAUAAUGAGAACGAUCUUCUGCACGAGAUUGACAAUGCUUUGAAAUUCGGCAAGGGAUUUCUGUUUGGGAAAGAGAACGUUAUGUUCGCUCCCACGUUUAAAGCUUCGUCCGCAACACCAGGCGUUUGGUCACCUGGAAGCGAGCCACCGCCACCCCCAAAGGAGCCGAGUCCUGAACAGAAAGAACCUCCAAAGGAUACUGGAAUCCCUCCUGUCUGGACGCCUUCCAGCGCCGGAACCAGUCCAGUUCCUGAGAAAAAGGAAUUUCGACCGGUGCAAUUCGAAAGCCCCAUUCUGAGCAGGAAAAAGCCAGCGCAGCAAGAAAGUACACAGGAGGCCCCACCACCUUGGGAGACGGAAGAGGAAAAGAAAGAAACGUCACGAAGUUGUUACGACAGCAGUACGCGAAUUGUCAAUUCGCAUUCAGCACCUUCGCAAGGAUUAAGUUCAUUAAGUUCAACACCUCAUCUGCCACGUGCUCAGAAUCCAACUAUAACGCUGCUCCAGAAAGCAAGAGAGGGGCAAUUACCGAAAGGUGCAGCCUAUCUGGAGGAGACCGAAACGAUAAAACGAGCACCGAGCGACGAGAAGCCGAUAAUUAGUCCAGGCGAGAUCAUUUACAACGUGAAGAAAGAGUACGAGAGCGAGCCAGAAACAGAAAAUGAACCGCCAAAGAAGAUGGCCGAUUUGAGUCCUCGAAAAUUCAAUGGUAUUGGCCCAACAUCUAAGGAGGGUAUUCCUCUCGUUUUAAGAUCGGAAGUCAAGGAGAAUAAUCAAACAAAAUGGUAUAAGAAAAUGUACGACUCGUUGCAUCGUGCAGACAGAAGCGAUGACUACGUAACCGUUCAUUACAAACAAAGAAGAGGGACGAGAUAUGGUUACGAAAGUGGCAGUGGAUAUUUAAGCGAACCGGAACAUCGUUUAUAUUCGGAUCGUUCUGUCACGCUCGACAGCCGUCGGCGUCUACGCAACAAGGAAAAUGAUUUUGCCACGUCGACUAUGCCCAGAAAAAAUGGCACACUAAAAUAUACUUCAGAGAUUUAUAAAAAUCAACCUGGACGCAUCGAGGAUUACGAACCUGGACGGUCAUCGAUCGCCGAAAAGGAAGCCAAGGAGUGGUGGGACGAGGUCAUGGAUAUAUUUGACGGGUGGUUGAACGAGAAUGGACAUCCCCAGGGUAUGGAAAUGAAGGAGCUCCGAGAUGCACAGCUGAGCCACCGUGCUCUGAGCCUCUCCUACCGACCGGAGAGCAGUUACAAUCCUUUUGAUCAGCGCAGUAGUCGUCCAGUGAAACCAUAUAUGUCACAUGCUCUUAAAGAAUCAGGAUACGAAAGCGAUUCUACUCUGGUGUUUCGUCGCAAGGAAGAUAUCAGCCCGCUGAGUCAAGUUGAACAAAGACUGGCCUAUAAAACUGUUCAAAGCGGUGGUGACGUACCCCUUCAUGGCUUUCGUAAACCCGCUCCAGAACGACCAAAGGACGACACGGGCAUCGAGUAUUUUCUGAUCUCGCCCACUUUGACACGGAUCCGUGUUCACCGAAAAAGUGUCUCUGCUACCACACCUGCUUCAUCGUCGACCACUUUCUCGCGACACGAAACAUUAUCCUCCAGUGAGAGUGGAAUGAGCAAGAAAAUGGACGUUCGAUCAACUAUCGCAAAAUCAAAGUGUCUCAGAGACGACAGUUUCACCAAUCCACAACUAGGUAGUAGAACACUCUCAAACGCGGUCACGGCACCUCCUUCUCCGCCUCGAAGACAAUCUUCUAGAAACAGCAAAACAUUGAAACUGUAUGCAUCGACUGCAUCGAAACUGAAGCAUCAAACCAUGGAUAACACGCAAUCUUUUAAGUCGAGACACAAGCAAUGUUUUGCAGAAGACGGGUCCAAGGUUAAGUCAUUGAAAGAACGGUUUUGCAGCGAUCUGGACAGGUUCAAGCAGAGUCGAAAGAGUCUUUCAACUUCCACUUUAUUUCGAACGUCCUCUAACAGCUCGAUCUCUCCUCGGUCUAAAGUUUCUACUUCGGUGUCCAUUCCACUGAACAAAAAGAACUCGGACUCGUGGUUGUCGCAAAGUUUACUCGACACAGCUGCGGUGGAAAGUUUCACGGCUGACAAAAGUCGAACUCGCGUUUGCGCGGAUACUUCUUCAUGGAAAACUGGUUGCGGAUAUUCGGCGAAACCUGACUUGAAACGUGGGCUUGAACAUAAACCAUCCUCUUCUUCGAAGAUGACCUCGAGAUAUCUAGUUCCUUCGCCAACAAAGUCAAAGAAGUUGCGUUCCAUGAAUGAAAUCGGUAAUUCUAUAUCUUACCUUAAGAAAACUAACGUUAGAGGGAGGUUAACAAGAAAAGAGCAGGAAGAAUCUUCUAAAAGACUCGCCAGGUCACCGGUCGAUUUAUCUUCUAUAGAAGAUAGGAAGCAUUUGCAGAAAUAUAGAGACAAAGGUAGCAAAGAUGUCCGCACGACAGUGCUGCCAUCAGGAGCUGUUGUCAAAAGUUCCACGACGAUGUAUUCUGCAGCUUUAAAUAAUGCAAAGCAGAGGAGUCCGCAAGACAAAUCUUUGAAGGUAAUAGUUACUGUGUCUCCUAAAGGACAGGAAAUGUUAAGAAACCCGGCAGACUCAACUUCAACAGCAAGAUCAACGUUUGCUUUAAAGUCUUCUUCAGCCACAUCUUCUCCAUCAGUUGUUAGAUCGGUACUAGCAGACACCAGGAAACCGAGGACAAUAGUCAGACAGCAUGAUAAAAUAGGUCCCAGCAGGAAGUUCACAUCCUCUUCUGAUGCAAUCAGCGAAUCAUAUACAAAGAAGAGACUAAGACCUCAUACCAUCGUCAAGUUCCCUACACAAAAGCCAGAGACCAUAAAAAUGAAUCCUGACUCGACUAAGAAGAAACUUGAAGCAAAGAAGUCGAAGAAAGACAAGAACGAGGUUACUGCGAGAACGAGAAAGGUAACAACUGGACAAAAGUCAGAUUCCAAAAAUGAGAGUAUUAAUAAGACUAAUGUUGAAAACGAGGAGCCUAAUAUUAAACAGAAUCCGUCAUCAACGCUGAGUAAACAAUCACCUGUGUUAGCUGUAGAAAAGAUUAAGAGACAUCACGAAGUAGCAUGUUCUGAUGCAUUUUUCCAGAAUCUCUUUUUAAAAUCAGUUUCUUCGGCUGUUUCAAGUGAGAAUGUCUCUUUUAAGAGAUACAGCGUUAGCGAACGAGCGAGGAUAUACCAAGAAAACAUCAGAGAGGGUAGCAAAUCAGAACCUUCGCUAAAAGCAUUGAGCAUUUACUUAGCUCACAAGCGUCCAGUGUCAGAUUCAAAAUUCAAAAACUGGGAACGUGAGAGUAUCUCUUCUAGGAGCUCAAGCCCAUACGGUGUCAGCUGGCCUGGACGAUCUGUAUUUCAUAAAGUGAGCAAGUUCGACAGUCUUCUAGGUAUCGAAGACUUUGGAUCAUCGACUAUUUUACGUAAUCGAAGCCCAGACUCGGCGAAGGAGCGUUUGAAGGAAAGAAGUUCAAGUGAGCCGCCUCUGAAGACUCUGCCAGAACGUUCAGGCUCGAAACACUCAUCUUCGCGAACUUCUUCGCCAUCUCCAAUUAGAUCACCAGCCUGUAGACGGAUUCGUACAUUGAAGCAAGAAAAAUCAGAAAUUCCUAAUACGAUUAUCGCAACAAAGAUCACAACCAAAAGUGCUGGGGGAACUGAAGAGCUGCAAGAAAUCCGAUCUAAGUUUGGCUCUAAUUUAUCAUUGAGUAGAAGCACGAAUUCUCUGUACACGUCACCAAUUGGUCAUGAAGAGUAUCAUCAGUAUGUACUGGAAAGGUUACACGACAGAAGGAGAUCGAAAAGGUACAAGGAACUGCACGAUUUCUAUUCGAGCCUCGAAAGAUUGGGCGAAUUGGAGAGGACCUUUUCCACCAACGACUUACGACCAAGGAUGAAAAACGAAGAAAUUAUAGAUUAUGAUAGAUGGAAGAAAGUAAGAUCGCAGGAGAGAGCUGAAGUCGAGUUCAGUGCUCUGUAUGGAAAGCUGAAGGCUGUUCAGAGGAACAAAGACUUGUUGUUCAGCACCAAAGAUAUCAGUAAGUUUAAAUGGCACGGUGACUGCAGCUUAAGGUGCAAAGAACGGUCCGUUGAAAAUAUUAUUCAACAUUUCAACAAGCUUCAGUCUGAAGAGAGUGACCUAGAAUGUUCUAGAAGAAAAGAAAUCUCGUCGAGAAAAGAUACGUAUAAACCGCUUUGGCGAGGCACUUCUGUACUAAACGUUGCGAGCACAAUGCAGAAGAAAGCGAGUAGCUCUCAUAACGAGAAAUCCUUGGAUCAUGCAGAUCAUCCAUUCUUACAAAGAAAUCUUGGUGGGAGUAAAAAAUUUUGGAGCAGUUUGUCCAUCGAACAAGUAGCUACUUUGAAGAAACAGCUAAACGAAAUUUACGGUAGCGAUAAUUUGCAAAGGUUGGCACCUUCGACAUCUUCAAAAAUGAAUCCUGAAAUCACAGAACAGCGACAAGAGAAGAUAGGAGAAACUGAUAAACAGGAUUCUUUGUCGAAGUAUGAAAUUGUCGUUCCACCUCAAGUCGAAUCGCCCGAUGUUCGAGAUGAUGGCAAAGGUCUUCAUGUACGAUGUCACUCUAUGAUCGCAUCGGAUAUAUCUCCAAGGGAUCAGAAAUCGUCCACGGAUCGUCCAGACUUGAAAUUGAAGAGAAGUGAUUCUAUUAGUCAAGGGAAAAGUACAGAAAAAUUUGAAUCUGAUAAAACUCUAUUCGCAAUCCCUCCAUCUAUGAGUGAGUUAGAGAAAAAGAGGCUGUCUGUGACACUUGGAAAAGAAGUGUUGUCAGUUCUGUCACUUCCAUUCGCUCCCCGUGAAACUCGAGGCAGCAUAGCAGCUGCAUUAGCGGCCAAGAAGAUGCCAAAAGCGACUCGUUCUGCGGCUACACCUAGCGUAACCAGCACAUCACCUAGAAGCUGCUAUUCUCUGGAGCCGUCGAGUGUUGAAGAUUCAUCGAGAACAGACGUGGGGAUCAAAGAAAGCGACUUCCUACUGGUCCUAACCCCAGACAGCAAGAGUCCAUCUGAUAGACAGCGAGUAGAAAACGUUUUGGAAGAAUGGUCCAGAAAACCUCCUCUUCUAACGAUUGCUAUACCUCAUACGACUACUCAGGCCAAAAUUUCAGGCCAAAAUUCUGGCAGUGAAAGAGACAGUAUGACUGAAAGCUCUGAAACAUCUGUAAGAACGGUUAUUCAACGAAAUGUAGAGUGUCAAGAUGUUCCAAAGAAGAUCGAAUUCUUCGAGAACGUUGAUAAAAUAGAAACUGAUCAAGAUCGUAGAAAAGCGGAGCAAACGAGAUCAAAAUCAAAAUUGAGAUCAGGGAGAUUGUCUUCUUCUCAAAGUUUUGCAGAUUUGAAAGAAUUAUUCGGUGAGACGGAGUCGGCAAAAUAUAGCGCCUUGUCUUCGUCAAGGUGCAGAACACGUUCUAUUUCCCCAAAAACAUUUGUUACUAAAGAAAAAGAAGGCAGCCCUGAUAGGGAAGUGGACACGCGACCCUCGUUCCGCUCCUGUUCAUGCGACCGUGAACAUGAUAGGCCUCAGAGCAUUAGUCCGUGUCGUGCAACCAUGCGAUCGAAUUCAUCCUGCAGUCUCGAGAGCAUCUGGUUGCGUAGUUGCUCGCCAGACCCGGGAAAAUAUUGGCGCGCCUAUUUAAAGCUAGUAAAGAAUGGUACGGUGAGACGUUUGAAGGCCAGAUUUGAGAGUGCCGAAGAUCUUCGUGGAAAUACAGUGAGGACGGUUCCAGUACCAAAAAGAUUUCAGAGCGAUCCUGAACUGGCCAGAUGUCUUCUGAGGAAGGUGGACGAAGGUAAAGUGAAGCCUCAUGAGUUUGCGGACGUAGCCUGGUUACGUCGAAGGUACGAGCCUCGCAGAGGAAGAGCUCGCCGCAGAGGCGAGUCUCCGCCGAUUCCACGUGUUCCUUUGAGACGAGAGGACCUGUCUAUGCCUCACAUCGAUGUCAUCAGUAAGACAGCUGAAUUGAAGGAUUCAGCUGCAAUUUCCACUGUGACUAAUGCUAGGAAGGCAGAGACUGACGAGCUGCAGGCGAGAAAGUCUGUUGGACGUAUGAGAAAAAAGUUCGAAGAGUUUGCCACUCAAAAAACUUCGAUCCUGGGCGAGAUGUUCACCUCGUCGCCGAAUAUGCACGAGCUGAGAGAUAUCGCCCCUUAUCUAGCUGGUCAAUGGAUAGCACAUAGGUAUCCCAGUCGACGAGAUAACAUGCGCUCGUUGUCCUCGCCACCCAACCUCGCUGCCAGAUAUGUUCCCUCGAAAAGUAGGACGAAUUCCGCUUCCACAAAGACACAGAUCAAUGAUAGAGGUAAAGUGGUGAACCAAGUACGCACCUUAUCAAAAGGUCCAUCGUCAAUUUUGAAACAAUCAGAUGGUUUUACCAGUCAACCGUUUGAUCCUGCUAAACACAGGCCAAGGUUUAGGUAUCAACCGCCUCCUCCGCCUCUAUCGCCGACCGUUCCACAAAAAGCCACUUCUUGGUGGUCACCAAUUCCCAUCUACACUGCUCGACCAACUGUCACUUUCGAAGAAUACUCGAACGCACCUCCACCGCCGUCAAAUUCUCAGCACUACAGAGACGCCUGCCAAGAAUCGCCGAGGCGUUAUGUGGAGGGUGAGGUGACAAUUCACUAUCGUUCGCCAGUACGUACAGAGGCAAAAGAACCAUUGAGCGAAGAAGAGCUCGCCCGUCGAAGCGCGGAAAAUAUGCGACGCGUUUAUGAAGAAGAACGCCGUCGCAAAUAUCUUCAGGAAUUACACGAUAUCAAUUCGCGGCGACACACUGACAACUUUAUACCAUCGCAGAAGUCACCUAUUCCCUUGAAUCGUUACGAUGAUUUCGUGGAUGAUUUGAGCCACAAAAGCAGAUCCCAGGAGCAAACACCGGAACCGCGGGUCGUGGCAAAAGCACUUUAUAGUUUUAUCGGGCAAUCUCCGCGGGAAUUAAGUUUCCGCCGCGGUGACAUAAUAUUUAUACGUCGCCAGGUAGACAAGAACUGGUUCGAGGGUGAGCAUAAUGCUAUGAUUGGCCUAUUCCCAUCGAAUUACGUUGAGAUUUUACCUUACGAGGAUGUGCGCACGAUCCCAACGAAACCUCACGAGGGUCAGGCACGAGCUAAAUUCAAUUUCGUCGCCCAAACAAAUCUCGAAUUAUCUUUGGUCAAAGGGGAAUUUGUGGUCUUGAUAAGAAAAGUCGAUGAAAACUGGUAUGAGGGGCGUAUUGGAAAUAGAAAAGGAAUAUUCCCCAUCACCUACGUUGAAGUUAUAACAGAGCCUGGCCUUACAUCAGUUAUAGAAACGCCAAAACAAAACAAACCAGUUGCCUUUCCACUUAUGCGUAGUCUUUUGACAAAUGGAUCAGCUGGGGGGAAAAUAAAUCUGGCAUCCCAUCCCUAUAUGCCGCCCGCACCAGUUAACAUUACCCAGCCAACUUACAAUUCACCGCCACAGCUGACGGAUAGCAAAUUACUUAUUGCACAAAUUAACGCAGCAUUACAUAUCGAUACCGACUCUGAACCAAUGCCAUACCGAGCUCUCUACAAUUACAUACCACAGAACACAGAUGAGCUCGAAUUAAAGGAAGGUGAUACGGUGUAUGUGAUCGAGAAAUGCGACGAUGGUUGGUACGUUGGUUCCAGUAAAAGGACUGGUUACUUCGGCACAUUUCCAGGAAAUUACGUGGAACGAUUGUGAGAAAUGGCAAGAAGCGAUAUCGAACCGCCGUCGGUUACCUUUUACCAAAGCCCUAAGAAAUCGAAUCGUUAAUAAAGAUAAGUUUUAAACGUUUAACGAUAAAGUUCAACGAUAGUCUUGUUUUUUUCUAUUCGUAAAUUUCCAACGCCAACGGAAACCUGAUGCAUGAGAUAAGAUAAGAAAGAAAGAACGAAGAAUAAACGCUGAAAGAUAUAGAAAGAAAGAAAGAGACAAGCUGAUCGAAACUUUAUCGUCGAAUUCACCAAAAAUUCAUGGAAAAUGAAAUCUAAACUUAAGGCCUCAUAACGUUUAUGUAGUGUAUAAUAAUAUUUAGUAAUUUACUAUACAACAUUCAUAGGAAACGAGUGCGUCAGCACGACAUUACGAGACAUCGAAGUAGGAAAUCAACAUGAUACGAUUGACAGUGUUUUAUCAACGUGUAUCUUUAUCUAGAUGCACGAGUUAUCUGUUCGUGCGAACGAAAUAAUGUAUAAAUAACAUGCAACUAUUCACAAACCCAAAUCCAUCGAAUCCACUGUUCGUUAAAACGGGAUCAUCGCGAUGAUUAUACUUGACAGAUCGACACGAGCAGUUUUUACCAAACCCAUGUGACUACUGUGUAAUUAUAAAACAAGGUCCUCCUAUAGGGAGGACUAUCUGGUUUCAAUAAUGAACGAAAUUAAUCGUAUUAGCCGUUUAACUGAUCAAGCGACAAUCGUAUUGUACAGUUUCUAUCUACUUACAGAGAGAUGUUUGAGAUCGAAAGUCUACUGUAAUGUAGAAAAGAAAUAUAUUGUGUAAAAAAAAAACUAUAUAUAUAUAUAUACAUAUAUAUAUAUUAAAUUGAGUAUGGUUACCGGAUAUUAAUCGUCAAAUGGUACAGUUGGGUUGUGGCCAAUUUACAGUUUCAGUUGGAUCUUUUCAUCAUAGAGUACUUCAUUUCAAUACACCAACCUCAUUUAUAGAGUUUUUGUAAUAUAAGAGAUAUAGGACAGAAAUUAAAAUAAAAUACCUUAAUUCUUUCAAAAUGUAGUAGUCUGGAAAAUCAUCAAGAUUUCUCUUAUUUUUCAGAUAUGGAGAAAUAUCUGUUUUUAGUUUGAAAAAUUUCAGUAAAUUCUAGUAAUUACUUUAUCAAGCUUUCUUGUAUUUCUGACGUCAAAUUCAAUUUUUUAAACCUCAGUACAUUUUAAUAAUUAUAUCAUCAUUUGCUUUUUGUGCUGAUAUAAAAGAUAUAUACUCCUUACAGCUUUUCAAAAUUUCCAAAAAUAGUUUUAAUAACUACUUAUGUUACUACUAAUAAUUACUACUAAUAAUUAAUUAUGCAAUUUUAAUGGGUACCAUAAUUGGCAACUUUCUGCAUUGCUUUUCUUAUAUUACAUUUUCAAAGAAUUAAAAUUAAGUGAUCCACACGUGUUUUAAAUCCAACUAUCACGGUAAUAUAUAAUUCAAAGACGUCAGCUAUGAAUUGUGUAAUCCUUUUUGCAUUUUUUCAUGUAAUGGAAUUUUUUAAAUAGAUUGUACACCGAUAACAGAUCACAAAUUCAAGUGGAAAAAGAUUAAGGAAAAUUGGACAAUGUAAAAAUAAAUAUGAAUUGCCGCUUGGUCAAAGACAUUCUGGAAAGCGAUGUUGAUGCUUCAAAGUUUAUUCGACUACGAGAUUAAACAUGAGAUUAAGCCGAAAGAUUCUGUUUUACCUCCGUUAUACUUUUGGUUAUACACUAUUUUUUGUGACACGUAAAUAAACAAGACGACCACGGUGAGCAAAGAAUUUGCAUCAAAGAGAAAUUUGCAGCAAAUUAAAGAGUCUCCGGAUCAAGGUUUUUAUAUGAAAUUUUCUAUGAAAUUUUUACUACAAAAUUUUCAUUGGGAAAUUUCCACUUCGAGUAUUUUUCACUGUGUACAAAAUUCUUACUGGGAAUAUCUUUUUUAAAUUUGUCAAAUCUACCCUAUCAAAUUGCAUAAAAUAUUGCCAAUUAUAUAAACGUUAUAAAUUAUACAAAUUGCAACAUACGUAAAUUCUGUUCUGCGACUAUAAAUCACGAAAGAAGAGAUAUUCGCCACCGAGAAAGGAGACUAAAAAUUUGCAAUUUUAGAUCAUUUCAGAAAUGACAUAAACGAACAGAGAACCCGCUAAAUUCGUUGUAAUAAAUUUACCGCCAAAAAAUAAUGUUCGCUGCCACCAGAAAUAUUUUACAUCGGUUUGAGCAAUCCGUUAAAAUGCAAAUAUCUCUUUGCCGUUAGUGAAAUUACCAAUUUUUACCUUAUAUUUUAAAACGGUUUUGAAUCAAACCAAAGAUGAACGUUUUGAGUAAUUUGAUCUCGAGCCAAGUACAUAGGUAAAGUUUCUGACGAAUCUAGUGACAAGUUUGUCUUGCUUCGAUGCGUAACAGCCAGUUCAGACGAUACGGUAUUUUCAGCGAUUUCUUCAUCUUACUUUCUUUGUUUAUCCAUUUUAUAAUAUGGAUAUGAAUACGUUUUCCACCAAGUUUCGAUAUUACAGUGGUCAGAGAAAAAGGAACAUCAGAACAUAUUGGAUACAUUCUGUUGUGAAAGAUAGGUAUCAAUUGGAUUCCUAUCAGAUUCUCAUGUCUCUAUUAAGCACAGAUGAAAUGAAAUUUUCGUAUGCCAAUGUCUAUAACUAUGAGACUAGCAUUAAGUUAACAACAGUUUUUAAUUGUUAUUAUUCUAUGCAAUCACUAUAUACAUUAUACGUAUUAUAUAUAAUUUUUAAAAUAAUUUUUUAAAUUGCAUUGGACACUAUAUUAGACACUAUGCUAAACACUAAUUUUUUAAGUUACAUUAACCCUCUGCUCGCAGUAUGGUUCUUCGACUCCCAGGCGAAAUUUCUGCGAAACAAAAAUGUCAAUGUUCAUGGUCCCUGCGUGAAAAAGAGCUUGCAACUACAAGGCCUUGACUACGCAAACACUGUUUACUUCAUUCAAUUCAGCUCUGAAUACCAUGAGGGUAAAAUGAGCACUGUACCUUCAGUGAACCAUAUUGCCAUCCAUAACAGUCUUUUGCUAAGUGGAUCUUCUUAAAUGCAUAAUUUAUUUUUAUUUUGUUACAUACAUCAAUUCCUUGGUACCACCUCAGUAUCUUGCAUGACUCCUAUAUUUCUCAUACGUUAGUAAAUAUGACAUAUGAAACCUUCUUUUUAAUAAAUAUAAUAAAUAAUCUGCAAAUUUAGAUCUCAAAAUAAUUAUACCAUUCCAAGACUGAUAAAUUUCUUUUUCUGAGAUAUUAUAGUCCUAUGGGUGGAACCCAACAAUGUCAUCUUUUAAAUACCUGCUUAAUACAGAACUGUAUACAAAUUCCCAUUUUCUCAUAACUUUCCGUUAAAUUUUUAUUCUGAAGAUUUAGAUAUUUGGCUAAAGCGUCCUUCGUAUAAUAAACUAGGGAUCAUAAUAAGUACUUGAGAAUUUUUUCAGAUUUUUUCAAGUCCAAAACAAUAAAAAAAAAAAUCAGAUCAGAGACUGAAAGAGCUGAUUACGUUAGUACGAGCCAUGUUGCGAGCGGAGGGUUAAGUGCAAAUAUUGAAAUUAAGAAAUGAAUCCCUAAAUGACAAUAAUUUUGAAAUUAUUAAUGACAGAUUCAUCGUAUGCUAUAAUUUUUUCGUUCCUAAAAUUCAUUUGUUAAUUAUUCAGAAGGAUCAUAUGAUAGAUACGUGGCUUAUGAUAGAACAGUGAUUAUAUUCAUACGUGCGUUUUCAUAGCUUCCUCUGUUAAGUUUGUAAACUCUUGAAAUUCUAAAAUUUCAUCACUGUCAUACACGUAAUGAUGGGAAAAGACAUUUAAAAAAAUGAAAUAUGGCAAAUGGUUUCUUGGUUCCUGGGAAAAUUUAUUUUCCUGAUCUAUUAAUUUCGUCGUAAUCUUCUUCUGACUGCAUCUUUGAAAUUUUUACCAUUAUAUAAAUCUGUUCCUUUAUCUCAUCCAGUGUGUCUUCGUUCCACCAAGCAAAUUCAAAAUUCUCUAUUCAUUUUUGACACACUUUAUACCGUACCAUGAUUCUUCCAUAACUACGAAAAGAAGAAACACGUAUCGAAUUAAAAUUCGAUCUUAUCAUCAUCUUCUACAUUGAGGAAACCAAAUAUCGAGAGCGACUGCCAUAGUGACUGCUGUUACACGCCAUACCGAAUACAUUAAUUCAUACGUUUGGAAGCUGAACGUGCGGCUAAGAUAUAGAAACGUGCGAAUGCUGUUAGAUAUUGCAAAAUACCAGAUUGUCCGGACUGGCUGUGGUUAGCGGGUAAUUUUUACCGAAUAUCGCCGCGGGAACGUGAAAUUUUUCAAAAUUAAUCAAUUUGAAACCGAGAGUUGAUUUUCAAUUGGAGGAAGGCAUGAGAAUUCCCCUCUAUGUUCGUAGAUGAACCAGUCUUGUUGUUGUUACAUUCGUGAGUAUCCAAGAGUAAGCGAUUUAUAAUUGAAAGUUUGCCUUCCCAAAAUAAUAUUUUUGUAAACAUUAUUUGUACUCAGAGUUAUAUAUACAUAUAUACAUGUAAAUUAAUUAUAUAAUGUAUAGAAGAUAUAUCUAUAUACAUAUGUAUACAUAGUUACAAUAUCACACGCAUAUAUAAAGAAUAUAUAAGAUAAUUAACAGCAUAGUUAAUCGCGCACGUGUUAAAAUGCACACACGUGAUGUUCAGAGAAGAACGAGUCGUGUUAACCCCUUAUAAUUAAUUAGUCGUAGCUAAGAGAUUUCCACUGAUGUUAUACACGAAUGAACGUUUCGUCGUGACGUUCUAAGACGGGCUACCACUUGAAUCUAGAGGCAAAGAGGAAGAGAAGAAAAUAAAAAAGAGGAAAAAAUGGAUGCAGUUGCAAAAACAGACAAUACUUAUUACUAUAGUAACUUCGUAAGACAAGGAAAGAUAAUCAAGUAGCGAGAGCAUUAAUCUAACACUAGUUACGACUAAUGAUAAUUGUUUCAGUUGAUCGAUUAAUCAUUGUUCAUGGGUUAACCGAUUGUUUUAUGAGCUGGAAGAAAAUGCACGAGUUUCGAAAGCCCUUUGUCGUGAAAUUACAUUCAAUUGCUAAUUAUA